CACGGAUGCCCUUUAUUUCAUAUUGGUCCCAUAGAUGUUGGACAUGGUAGUGGGGAGUCGCUCAUCCUGCUUCUCUCCCACCCAGAUGUUCCACGUCCCUCCAAGCUGUCAGGAAUUACAAGUCUUCCUGCACAUCACCAGCGUUCUCGUGAGCGGAUUGCGAGCAUGCGGCUCCGGAACCCGGGUAUCAUCGAACCGAAGCUUUACCUCGGAGAUGCAGUCUAUCGACUUGGGAGAGAAGAUCACCCACUCGGUUCCAAUAACGCUGAUAUGUACGACACUAUUCUUGCUCUUGAUUGUGCGUAUCACUUUCACACGCGACGGGAGUUUUUACGACAGUCGUUGUCACAUCUUGCGCCUGGUGGGAGAAUAGCACUUGCAGACAUAUGUUUCCCGACGACUCGGAAGACCAUGAGCCUCAGGACGAGGGUUCUGCUGGAGAUUCUAAAUAUGAUACCCAAGGAGAACAUAGUUUCGCUCGAGGAAUACGAGGCGGACAUGCGAAAUAUGGGUUACGUGGAUGUUAAAUUAGAGGACAUCAGCGACGAGGUGUUUCCUGGGUUUGUACGCUUUCUGAAGAGGCGUGGGUGGGGCUGGCGGAUAUUUGGGAGAGUGGUGACGGAAAUUGCGGGCCGGGCUCGAUUUGUAGUAGUGAGUGGCUGUGCAGGAGCAUUGUAGGCUUGUUCUUGUCCAUGAACGAUGACGGCGAUUCAACAAGUGUCGAUUGUUGACCUCCAGGAGCGUUCUGAACCAAAGCGACAUACUGUCUAUCGAAUCGAAAUAAAGGCUCACAUUCAGUCAUGGACCAUGUGGCGCCGUUACUCAGAAUUCGACGACCUCCACACUGAUCUCGUCCAGGCAACAGGCUUGCCCCCGCCAGCUCCCUUGCCCCCAAAGCACAAAUUCUCCCUUUUUCGCUCCCGUACCGACUCCCAGCUUCUCACUCAGCGCCGUGCUGGUCU